GGGUCAAGGUACUAUGUUAAUCCGAGAUGAGUGGAAAAACCCAUACAUGAAGUGAAGUCUUGGGAAAUCGUAUUUCCGAGGUAUAUAUAGUGCUGGGAACUGCAUGCUACAUGGCUUUUUCCUUCUCAUUGCUAUGAGGUUGCAUUCAGGUUCAGUCUCAAGCUUCCAAAAUGUUAUAUUCUAGUCUUUCUGUUUUACCGGUGCUUGCUGGCAUUGCCAGUGCCAUCAAUAUCACUGCAUCUGCAAGUGGUGGAAAUGCUUCUUCUCCAUUAGCCUAUGGUCUCAUGUUUGAGGACAUCAACCAUUCUGGUGAUGGUGGAAUCUAUGCUGAACUGAUUCAAAACCGAGCAUUUCAGGGAAACCUAGAAUUUGCAUCUACUUUGGAACCAUGGACGGCAAUUGGAAGUUCAGUCUUGACCUUACAAAAUACAUCAAUACCAUUGUCGUCAGCAUUGCCCACAUCAGUCAAUGUUCGUGCAUCAUCCAAUGGCACAUAUUCAAAUAGCACAGGAACAAUUGGACUCUCCAAUCCUGGAUGGUGGGGAUUCAGUGUCCAACCUCAAAAAUAUACCGGAAGUUUUUGGGUUCUGGGCGCAUACACUGGAAACUUUAAGGCAAGCUUGGUCGGUGCAGCUUCUGGAACCGUUUUUGCGAGUGUCGAUAUACCAUCCAACUCCACCUCUGAAGAAUGGACUGAAUUCCCAUUCACUCUCGAACCUACCACUGCAGCUCCAGAUGUCAACAAUAACUUCACCAUCGAAUUUGAAAGUGGACAUUCCCUCAACUUCAAUCUCAUCAGUCUUUUCCCACCAACUUAUAAUGACAGACCAAAUGGUCUUCGACCAGAGCUUGUGCAAGCCAUGAUCGAUUUGAACCCAAGUUUCUUCAGAAUUCCGGGAGGAAACAACAUUGAGGGAGACAGUUACGGUUACCGUUGGGUAUGGAAUGAGACAAUUGGCCCUCUCAAGGAUCGUCCAGGAAGACCAGGAACUUGGGGUUACCAAAACACCGAUGGACUUGGUUUGAUUGAAUAUAUGAACUGGUGCACUGAUCUCAAUGUCGAGCCAGUCCUAGGAGUUUGGGCAGGUCUUUACCUACAAAACGACUCUCCAACACCAAUAGUUGUAGCUGAAGCAGAUCUUCAACCAUAUGUUGAUGAUGCUAUGAACGAACUUGAGUUCCUCCUGGGUGAUACCAGCACAACAUACGGAGCUCUUCGUGCUUCCCUCGGCUAUCCCGAGCCAUGGAAGAUCAACUUUGUAGAAGUAGGCAAUGAAGAUAACCUAAGUGGAGGCCACCCAUCAUACAUCGCCUACCGUUGGCCAAUGUUUUUUAACGCCAUCCACGCUAAAUAUCCAGAUAUCCUAGUCGUCUCUUCCGCUCAAGAUCUUCUCUCUGUUGGUCCUCCUCACACUUCAGCAACGGAUUUCCAUCAAUAUCUCAGACCCGAUGAUUUCGCUGUUCAAUUCGACUUAUUUGAUAAUGCAAAUCGAUCUUAUCCCAUUUUGUUAGGCGAGUAUGCCGUCAUCCAACCAAACGCAAACGGUGCACCUGUCGACUGGAACGCCGCCAAAAUGGACUAUGGAACCUGGAUUGGUGCAGUGGGUGAAGCCAUCUACCUUCUCGGCAUGGAAAGAAAUGGAGACAUCGUCAUCGGAGCCUCAUACGCUCCUGGAUUCCAAAAUAUCAAUUCUUUCCAAUGGACCCCCGAUCUCAUAACCUUUAGCGCCGACCCCGCCGAAACAGUCCUCAGCUGUUCCUGGCACCAACUUCAACUCCUCUCCAACAACCGCUACAACGCCACCGUUCCCUUCACCGUCUCUAAUUCCGAUAAUAGCAGCUCGCCCUUCGGCCCCGCCUUCUACGUCAUCGGUAUCAAUGAGCCCGGGGAAUACGUCUUCAAAGCCGCUGUUUACAAUACUACCACUCCAAUUCCCUUUUCGAUUGAUUUUGAAGGUGUGGAAGCGGGAGCGACUGGUACGCUUACGGUGUUGAAUGCCCCGGAUGGCAAUGCGAUGAAUGUUUAUGGGGGCGAGGAUGUGGUGGUUAAGACAGUAAAGAGCGUUACGGCGGGAGAGGGAGGAAAGUUUGAGUUUGAGUUGAAGGAGUAUGAUAUUGCGGUUUUUACUACGUAGAUUGGGGAUUGUAAAUGGGAGGAAAGAAAGGUUGGGAGGGAAAGGGUAGAGGGUAAUUGAAUAUGCAUGUAUUGAAUUGAACAUAGAAUCGAUAUUCGAUAUUGGACUGAAUUUGAUAGCUUUGUGUGAUUGUAGUUCUUUUUCUUGCUGUUUAUUACGUCUUGGAAACUUGACCGCCCCUUCGUAUGGAUGGAUAUCUGGAGACUGCAUCUUUGUAGCCCGAAGAGGGGAUAGGGGAGAGGAAAUCAAAGUACAACGAAAUCUUUAAUCAAUGGCAGCCGAAAUUUUGGUCUUUGGAGAUGGUGUAGUAGUCUGGUUGAAAUGAGGUUAUGGGAGUGAGCAGUGAGCAGUGAGCAAUACAAUGACAACAAGAUCGCAGAUGAAAUAGCAAUGUCCGCGUAUCCCCAAAUCUUGCGUCUGAAUGCAGAUGUACUAAUUCCGAUCAUGGAAUUUACCUCGACAGACAUGAACAAGCAUGGGAACAGAAAAUCAUGUUGUUGGACCGCUACUUCGCUACCUGUGGUUUCCGCGAUGAUCAAGAUCAUGAUCAUGAUCAAGAUAAACAUCUUGCAUGCCGUCUCCUCCCAUAGACUUAUUUAUACCUUCCUUCCCUACUGUUGCCAAAAACGAUCGUUGAGAUGUUGAAGUCUUCCAUCAUUCCAUCCAUCCAUUCAAUCAAUCGACACAUCUGAUGAUGUAAUACCA